AUGCAGACUGUUGUUUCUCUGAACUCACGUGACUCUAGCCCCGACUCUAGCCCCGACUCUAGCCCCGACUCUAGCCCCGACUCUAGCCCCGACUCGAGCUCCGACUCGAGCCCCGACUCGAGCCCGACUCUAGCCCCGACUCUAGCCCCGACUCGAGCCCCGACUCUAGCCCCCGACUCUAGCCCCGACUCUAGCCCCGACUCUAGCCCCGACUCUAGCCCCGACUCUAGCCCCGACUCUAGCCCCGACUCUAGCCCCGACUCUAGCCCCGACUCUAGCCCCGACUCUAUCCCCGACUCUAGCCCCGACUCUAGCCCCGACUCGAGCCCCGACUCGAGCCCCGACUCGAGCCCCGACUCUAGCCCCGACUUACAAGCUCAGGCAGACGUGACCCAAAUGCUGUGA